AUGCUUCCUUCGGGGCUUUUCGUCAAUGGCGUCCAAUUGUAUUCUCGGGAUGCCGUCGAUGCCGGGGGUUUUGGGGAUAUAUUCCAAGGGUCAUACCAUGGACAAGAGGUCGCAUUAAAACGUUUCCGCAUCUUUUCCCGCGACCGCGUGAUCAUCCACCGGAGAAUUUACCGCGAGCUUCUCCUGUGGCAAACCUUGAACCACCCCAACGUAUUGCCGUUCAUAGGUGUUGAUGCGUCAUCGUUCGAGAGCAUGAUUUGUGCGGUUUCCCCUUGGAUGCAUGGCGGAAGUUUGUCAAAUUAUAGGGCACGAUUCGAACCCACCCCAUCGGAUAUCAAUGCUCUGCUAUUAGAAGCUGCGCUCGGCAUGGACUACCUGCACUCCUUGUCAAUAGUUCACGGAGACCUCCGAUGUACCAAUAUUCUCGUAGACAGGGACGGUCAUGCUAAGCUCGCCGAUUUCGGCCUGUCAGUGAUCAUCAUCGGCGAAAUGGGUACUGCCACCACAAGCAAUGGCUCCUAUCGCUGGGCUGCACCUGAACUGUUCGCUACGGGAGAUGUUCACAGGACUGUGCAAAGUGAUGUCUACGCGUUUGGUUGCGUCUGUCUGGAGGCGCAUACUGGAUUGCCCCCAUUUGCCGAGAUUGCUAAUGAAUUCAAGGUUGUUCUACAAUUAACGAGUGGCGCCCGACCUUGUAGGCCGGAUUACAAUCAAAGCCGUCUAGUCUCGGAGCACUUGUGGACGCUUGUGGAACGUUGCUGGAACGUCAAAGCCGACCUCCGCCCAGCUUCCGUCGUGGUCGUCGAAGAGUUGCGGCAUAUACUGGUAUCCAGCAUAGAGCUUGAAGACGGUGCCUCAGUCACGACUGUUUCACGGAAACACCUCGAACAGUUCAAC